AAUAAGAGUAGGAGCAAAUCCAUAAAACAGAUCAUGUUUUAACUGUAUUGAUUGAUUGUACUGAUUAUUAGAUUUUGUUUGAAAAUUUUAUACGCCAUAAAAUUUGUUUUUGAAAGGUUCAUAUAGUAAAAAUCUUAAUAUUAAUCUCUUUAAUUCAUUUCUUACUUGAUUAAUUAAUUUGAUUAUCACCUAUAUAGCUGGCUAUAUCUUCUCGCAAUAUCUUUUCUAAUGAAAAAAUAAUAUUAAAAAAAUAGAAAAAGAGGGAACUAAUAUCAGUUUUCUUUAAAGUUUAGCGUAUUUAGAAAUUAUAUAUUAAAAUAAAAAAAGAAAAACAGAAGCAAGGGGAGUGUGAGACAAAAGGGUCCCUUGCGUUGAACAGAAUCGUUGUCCCUCGUUCCAGUCCUCACAACGCUUUGAUUCUUCGCCGGCAAAAAGAAAAAAAACUCAAACCCAAAUUUUAGAACCAUUAGUGAUUCAUCGGAAACCAAUGCCGGAGAAUUCUUCAUCGGUAGACUACGCCAUGGAGAAGGCGUCGGGUCCCCACUUCUCAGGCCUCCGCUUCGACAGCCUUCUCUCUUCUUCUCCACCCAAUCCCUCCGUCUCUUCCCCGUCCCACCUCCCUUCUGCUGUUUCGUCCCCUUCUUCUCCUGCUCCCAAACAGCCCUUCGUUAUCGGAGUUUCUGGUGGUACGGCUUCUGGUAAGACAACAGUGUGCGACAUGAUAAUCCAGAAACUUCAUGACCAGCGUGUUGUUCUUAUUAACCAGGAUUCGUUUUACCGUGGUUUGACAACCGAAGAGCUGCAGCGUGUGCAAGAGUACAACUUUGAUCAUCCAGAUGCCUUUGACACCGAGCAGCUUUUGCAUUGUGCUAAGACUCUCAAGAGCGGCCAACCUUAUCAAGUUCCAAUCUACGACUUUAAGACCCAUCAGCGUAGAACUGAUGCUUUCCGCCAGGUGAAUGCUUCUGAUGUUAUAAUCUUAGAAGGGAUUCUAGUUUUCCAUGACCCACGUGUUCGGAAUCUUAUGAACAUGAAGAUCUUCGUUGACACAGAUGCUGAUGUGAGGCUUGCUCGCAGACUCAGACGUGACCUAGUUGAGAGGGGAAGGGAUGUCGACUCUGUGCUCGAGCAGUAUGCAAAGUUCGUGAAGCCGGCGUUUGAUGACUUUGUGCUUCCCUCUAAGAAAUAUGCUGACGUGAUCAUUCCUCGAGGAGGGGACAAUCACGUUGCUGUUGAUUUGAUUACCCAACACAUCCACACAAAACUCGGGCAGCAUGAUCUCUGCAAAAUCUACCCAAAUGUUUAUGUCAUCCAGUCAACAUUUCAGAUAAGAGGCAUGCAUACGCUUAUCAGGGAGAAGGACAUAUCAAAGCAUGAUUUUGUGUUUUAUUCAGACCGACUCAUUCGUCUUGUGGUGGAGCAUGGUCUUGGUCAUUUGCCCUUCACUGAGAAACAAGUAGUUACUCCAACAGGAGCUGUGUACACUGGAGUUGAUUUCUGCAAGAAACUUUGUGGGAUCUCUAUUAUUCGAAGUGGUGAAAGCAUGGAAAAUGCAUUACGCGCUUGCUGCAAAGGGAUUAAGUUAGGGAAGAUUCUUAUCCACCGUCAUGGAGAUGAUGGAAAACAGCUUAUAUAUGAGAAGCUUCCUCAAGACAUCUCUGAACGUCAUGUCCUGCUUUUAGAUCCUGUCUUAGCUACAGGUAACUCUGCUAAUCAAGCCAUUGAACUACUCAUUCAGAAAGGAGUUCCUGAAUCUCACAUCAUCUUCCUCAACCUUAUCUCGGCACCAGAAGGAAUUCAUUGUGUCUGCAAACGGUUUCCGGCAUUGAAGAUAGUGACAUCUGAAAUAGACCAGUGUCUGAACCAAGAGUUCCGAGUUAUACCAGGUUUAGGCGAGUUUGGUGAUCGUUACUUCGGCACUGAUGAGUAAAACCAUUAGCCACCACUAAAACACUGUGACGGGAUGGAGCAAUAAAGGACGCGUCAGUGUCGAAAUAGCUUAGACAGUAGUUGUAGUUGCAUGUCCCUUCACAGAGCUUCUUAGUUCUUAAUUCUUCUGCAUUAUAUUUCCUCCACUUGUGAUUUACGAAAGCUCUUAUUAUUGCUUACUUCAAAUUAUUCUUGAAACACAUUGAUUUCUGAUUUUUCUUUUACAUUA